GAGUGGCGCAACGCAUCACUCAUAAUGCGAGCGUUCUCGAUUGGAGAGAAGGAGGCCCUUGCUGUCUCCAACUUGCAGGAGCGAAUCUCCCCGGAGGUUACCGCCGCGCUGCGAGCUGAAGUGCGGCCGCGUGGAAUGAGACGCUGGCUCUCCCAUGAGAUCCUGGCGAAGAACUUGUUCAACCGGGGCUUCAGCUCUGGUACAGGCUGCUGGGACGUCAAACUAUUCUUGCAACGUCUUACAGGCGACUGGGACAGGCAGCCAGUGGAACUGCGGAAAACGUGGAGUUUGAAAGACGCGCAAUCCUUGCAUGGAGCGUGCGGCUUCUUCUUGCACGUGAUGGGAGAACUGGAGAGUCAGGUUGCAAGGAGUGAUUUUGAUGAUUGCAAGGAUGCCAUCCUCUCGCAAUUUAUGACUGGAUUCAGUGACCCGGAGAUUGAUCACUUGCUGCAAACCACAGUGCCGCCAGUGGAGCUCCGCGACAUUUCUUUCUUGAAGCGCCCUGUUUGUUUCAGUCUGAGCUUUUAUGUGUGUCAGGUGUUUGUCGUGAUUCAGAAUAGAUACCGAUGGCUUUGUGCGCUCUGGAUUCAAGCCAGGAAUGUUGUUGUGGCAUUCGAAGCGCGGACGCAAAAGGAGGUAGAAGCCAAGGAGGCUGAGGCAGCGGCCCGCGUUGCGGAGGCCACAUUGGAGCACUUGAAGGUGAAGCUGAACAAGGACCUGGAGGUGCUACGUGCGCGCGUUUCAACCCCAGAGCACGAAGCGCACGAAGCGUUGAAGGACCAGGCUUACUUGAGGGACAGGAACGGGCAACAGUGGACCCGCGAUUGGUUGGAAACUCAUUGCAAGCUGAUCCCAGUCGACCAGAGCAUGAAUUCUGCAAUGCCCGAAAUUGGACGUUUCCUUAGCAGGGAUGGGCUGGCCAGCGGUGGGCUGGACAUUUUGACUAACACCUCGGUCACGUACAGCAAGCCAAACUCUGCAGGGAACGACAAACGCAAGCUUGCGCAGCAAGCCCUUUUCCUCACCACAGCCAACACGCAGAGCGAGAAUGUUUGGACCGCUUCCAGCGCAUGGGUUUCCCAGACACUGGGGCCUGUGCCCUUGAUCAAGAUUUCGGACAUGAUCGGCUAUGACAGCGACGUUCGCCCAACCCCUGGAGCUCGAACCGAACAGAUGAAGGGUGUGCCAGCUUUCAAUGAGAUCCUGAAGCAGAUUCUGCAAGAUGUAGAUGUGCUGGAGCAUGACAGGGUUGUGGUCCUGGAUGUGGUGCCAAACAAGUAUUGUGAAAUGGGGCGGGCUGUGGUGCAGCGCCUUCUUGUCGACAAGGUCCGAAAGCCUGUCGUGAAGUAUUGUGGGCUGCUGUUUGACAAGGAUGGCCAAGAUGCAACUACUAUGAUUGAGCAACAGGUCUAUGACCUUUGGGAUUCAAGUGGUGACGCUCCGCCGAAACGAAGGGAGCAUGAGGAAUUGCCUGCCCCUUCCUUGGAUGUUCUGUCUUGGUCGAACGGAGUACGCCGAUUCCCGGACAGCUUGUUUGACAGGUUUGUGGCUGGCACAGCGCAGUACCAAGAGCUGAAAGCGUUCAAAGACGAGGUUGUGGCCCUCUAUCCUGAUGCAGCCAGCACUUCAGCUGUCGCUGGAAGCGGACCGCUUGCUGUUCCACGAGCGGGGGGGCGACCGGACUAUUCCAUUGAAGGGGGGAUGCGUCCUGUUGAUUUCACCCGAGAUGUUGACCCUCCAAUCAUCCGCGCGUCUGAUUUCCAUCAUACAAGGCCCGGAAUUGUGUUUUGUAGGUGA